AUGGAGAAGCUGUCGGAGGAUGGGCGUGGUGUCUACGAGCUUCUUCGGGCGGAUCUCGCGGUCGACCUCGACAAGCGGUUCCGCGACCAAGGUGCGGAUCUACUCAAGGCCAUGGAGAAGCUGAUUUCAACAAAUACUUCGACCCUCGACGGCCUGCUCUCUUCGCGCGUGGACGGGGUCCGCGACGAGUUGCUGAUGGAGAUAGAGCAGAUCCGGGGCGAGCCGUUGAAGGGGAGUACUCCUCCGCAGGAAGAUCCGUCUCCGUCGCGUGUGGCUGGGAAUGGUCGCGGCGGUGGCCCGACUGAUUCCCUCAGCUUCGACAACGAUUACCGGGGGAAGGCACAUAAUACUUAUGUUCCUCCUCCGGUCAGAGGUGCGCGUGAGUCCAAUUUUUCGUUCCGUCCUUCUCUGGGCCGCGAGUCGAGUUCCUAUGAUGCUGCUGAUUCGUUUGCGUUUGGUGCUCGCUUGGAAUUGCCGCGAUUUGAUGGCGCCAAUCCGCGUCUGUGGCAAACGCGGUGUGAAGAUCAGUUUAAGCUGUGGUGUACUCCGGCUCAUCGAUGGAUUUCUCUGGCAACGGCUCAAUUUGAGGGUGCUGCUGCUUGUUGGUUGGAAUCAAUGCAACGUCGACAGCCACAGGCUGAAAAGGAAUUGAGCCAUGACUGGACACUAACGCGGAGUGGAAAUCACGGUGUUCCAACCACUAUUGAGUGGUUGAAUGAUGUCUUACCAUCUGGUUCUCGAGUUGGUAUUGACCCGUUCCUUUUCUCAUCUGAUGCUGCUGAGGAAUUGAAGACUGCUAUUUCUGACAAGAAUCACGAGUUAAUUUUGAUUAGAGAUUUUAAUCUGGUUGAUGAGAUAUGGGGAGAAUCAAGGCCAGCGCCCCCAAAAGAACCUACCAGGGUGCAUGCCAUCAAGUAUGCUGGUGUUGACGUUGCAUCGAAGUUAUCUUUUGUCAGAUCACAGCUUGAUGAAAAUGGGUGUGACACUGUGGUUAUUUCAAUGCUUGAUGAGGUUGCAUGGUUGUUAAACAUGAGAGGAAGUGAUGUUCCACAUUCACCUGUAUUCUAUAGCUACUUGACUGUGGAGAUGAGCACUGCUACAUUAUUUGUAGAUAGCAACAAAGUAUCUGAAGAGGUAUUGGAGCACCUCAAGAAAGCUGGAGUAAAGUUAAAAUCAUACGAAGCAAUUUUAUCUGAUGUAGAAAGGCUGGCAGAAAAGGGUGCAAAACUGUGGUUGGAUUCUUCAAGUGUGAAUGCUGCCAUAGUCAGUGUAUUUAGAUCUGGUUGUGACAGAUACAUGGGAAAAAGAGGAAAGACAGGGAGGCAAAUUGGCAAAGAGGCAUCUUCAGAUGAUCCGACCACCAAAAAGCACGGUGUUCAGAAUAUGGAGUUAAACGGUCUGUACAAAGCCUCACCAGUCACCCUUGCCAAAUCAGUUAAAAAUGAGGCAGAAAUUAGAGGAAUGAAGAACUCGCAUCUAAGAGAUGCUGCUGCUUUAGCAGAAUUCUGGUGCUGGAUAGAGGAGGAAGUUCGUAAUAAUGUGGCUCUUACAGAAGUGCAAGUUGCAGAAAAUCUUCUUGAAUUUCGCCGAAAGCAAGAUGGUUUUAUAGAGACAAGCUUCGACACUAUUAGUGGUUAUGGUGCAAAUGGUGCUAUAAUACACUACAGACCAACUCCGGAUAGCUGCAGUUCUGUUGGAAGUGACAAUCUCUUUUUGUUAGAUAGUGGUGCUCAAUAUGUUGAUGGAACGACUGACAUUACAAGGACAGUUCAUUUUGGCGAGCCUUCCCCGAGGCAGAAGGAAUGCUUCACAAGGGUUUUGCAGGGCCAUAUAGCUCUAGAUCAGGCAGUAUUUCCAGAACGAACUCCAGGUUUUGUGCUAGAUGUUCUGGCACGAUCAUCUCUCUGGAAGAUUGGGCUUGAUUACAGACAUGGCACAGGUCAUGGAGUUGGAGCUGCACUCAACGUCCAUGAGGGCCCGCAGAGCAUAAGCUAUCGAUAUGGAAACUUGACAGCUUUACAGAAGGGCAUGAUUGUAAGCAAUGAACCUGGUUAUUAUGAAGACAAUUCAUUUGGCAUUCGUAUCGAGAAUCUGCUUCUGGUGAAGGAGGUUAAUUUAGCCAAUUCUUUUGGCGGCAUUUCAUACCUGGGCUUUGAGAAACUAACUUUUGUUCCGAUUCAGAGAAAGCUUAUUGACUUACCCUUGCUAUCACCUUCGGAGAUAAAUUGGGUCAAUGAAUACCAUGAACAAGUUUGGGAAAAGGUUUCUCCUUUCUUGAGUGGCAAUCCUCUCAACUGGCUGUUGGUUAACACAAGGCCUCUCUAG